GGUUUUUCGAGUGGUUCUGUCCACAAUCCGACGAGCCCAAAACAUCUGCAAUCCUUCGAGUGUUAACAGUGUCAUCCAGCACCUUAAACGCCUCAUCACUUCCAACGGCUGUCUCUAACAUCUGUGACAAGUAUGACAUCGAAGGAAACGAGUCAUGGAUUUCCAAUGGAUGAAGUAACUAAAGAAGAGAUGCAUUCGGACAAAUAUGAAGAGGUGUUCUACAAAGCCUCUGAAGAUCAGAGGGCCAAAUGGAAUUCACGUGUUGAAUACGUCCUCUCCCUGGUUGGCUUCUGUGUUGGAUUCGGGAAUUUGUGGAGGUUCCCGUACGUCUGUAACAGAAAUGGCGGAGGCGCCUUCCUGCUGCCGUUCCUACUCUGUAUCUUAAUCAUUGGGUUCCCCGUGUUCUUCCUGGAAGCCUCGCUCUCUCAGUUCUCAGGAAGGGCGACUCCUCGUGUGUGGAGUUUCUGUCCUAUGUUCAAAGGAGUUGGUGUUGGUGCCCUGGUGAUGUACGUCGCCUGCAUACCGUACUACAACAUCCUCCUGGCCUGGCCCAUCUACUACAUGGUCAAGUCCUGCUCCAGCGUCCUGCCCUGGACAACUUGUGGCAAUGACUGGAACACCAACCUGUGUGUAGAAGACUUAAGGAACGCCACCUACAGCAGCCACAACGGAACAAGCUCGUAUGAUAACAUCACUGCUGUUGUCACACAGCGCUGGGAAAAUGUCACUCUAGCUCACACCGCGGCCGAGGAAUUCUGGCAGUACAAUGUGCUGAGUAUAUCUCGAGGUUUGGAGGAGGUGGGCUCUGUCCAAUGGCACAUCGUGGCUUGUCUGUUCGCUUCAUACGUCAUCAUAUUUCUGUGCAUGAUUCGUGGGGUCAAGUCAGUGGGCAAGGCAGUGUACGUGACGGCAAUAUUGCCGUACAUACUCCUGAUCAUCAUCUUCAUCAGCACACUGAUUCAACCGGGAGCAGGUUCCGGUCUGUUGUACUACGUCACGCCGGACUUCCGGAAACUUCAGGACGUGAAGGUGUGGCUUGAGGCGUUUCUACAAGUGAUGUAUUCUCUGGGACUAGGCUGGGGUACCAUUGGCACCGCUUCCAGCUAUAACAAGUUCCACGAGCCUUGUCACAAGGACGCCAUCAUAGUGAGCACGAUAUCUGAAGCUACAAGCAUCUUUGCCGGCCUGGUGACCUUUGGCAUCCUUGGAGUGAUGUCCGAAAAGACCGGCGUCCAUAUUUCGAGUGUAGUUUCCAGCGGUCCAGGACUAGGUUUUGUGGCCUACCCAGAAGCUCUGGCGCAACUUCCGGUGCCUCAGUUGUGGUCCUUCCUGUUCUUCCUCAUGCUUCUUGCUGUUGGCCUGGAUUCACAAUUCAUGAACGUGGAGGUCAUCACAACAGCCCUUGUAGACAAAUACCCGAAAGCUCUGUCACGAAAGCGUUGGCUUGUAACCGCUGGUGUAUGUGUGAUAUUCUUUCUUGCAGGAAUAUUACUCUGCACGCAGGGCGGCCCAUACAUAUUCCAGCUUCUCGACUGGUAUAUAAGUGCUUUAUCAGUCUUUCUGUUCUGCACACUGGAAUGUGUUACCGUCGUCUAUAUCUAUGGUGUAAAGCAGAUGAGCAAGGAUGUUGAGAUGAUGCUUGGAAAACCACUUCCGAUCGUCGUAAAAAUCCUUUGGGCUUUCGUCAUACCAGCAGUGCUCCUGACUGCCUUCAUCCUGACACUCCUUCAGUACCAACCGCCGACCUACGGCAAGUACACCUUCCCCGGCUACGCCAGCAGCAUCGGCUGGUUCAUCGCCUCUGUGUCCAUCAUCCCAUUGCCAGUUUAUAUGAUUCUGGCUGUGAAGAAGCAUAUGGCCUCCCACACGGUCAGACAGAGUAUCCAAAUGGCUCUUCGCCCCGAGGACGUGUGGCGUCCUUCUGAUCCUCUGUACAGGGGGAAGUACCGAGACAACCUUGUACAUACACAGUAUUCCUUGAAGGACCAUAUCACAAGUGUGUUUACAAAGUAACAUGUCAGUGAUCAAAAGCUCGUAACAUAUUGGCAUCAUUAACAUUGCAAUACCUCCGCCAUCUGCCACCAGUUAUUAGAAAAAUCAUCUUCACUGUACUUUGUAUGUUAACGGUAUAAUGUUAGUUUCGCUGGACGGAGAGUUGUUAGUUAUUGAUUCCGGGACAGGCAUAACAUGUGAUCAGCAUUAUGAACAACAUCCUCCGUCUGAGUAUACCGCCCAUGUCGAAGAAGAUAUUUGUAUAUUUUUAGUGAUAGUUGACACUAAAUUUGCAACAAUAAUAACAGUGAGUGUAUGUUUAUGUUUGGGCGAUCUGGUGGAAGAAGCACAUGUUCUGAGUGCUUGUGAAACCAUGGAGUACCAUGACCAGCCGAUCGAUACAGUAAUGUAGAUUGUGGUUAGCUCUUGAAAUUGUUUGUUUGUUUUUGUUUGUAUCAUUUCAUUCUUAUAUGUCCCUUUUACAAUGAUUUGAGAAUAACUUUUCUUCCGGAAUACUUUUGGAAAUUCCAUUCUAUCCAUAAAUUUAAAUGUCUAUUAUGUACAUCUCAGGAGAAUCUAAUCAAAUGUGUACAGCAUUACAUUUCCCAUGCCUAUAUAAAAAGAAAUAUUUAUUUAGAAACACUUUCAACUUCAUUUGUAUAUUCUUGUCAACUAUGUAUAGUUAUAUCUUGUAUAUGGGCCCUUGACCUCAUUACAAAUAAGCUACUUUUGAUACAAUAAUGUAGAUUGUGGUUGGUUCUUGAAA